AAUUAAACAAUAAAAGAAAUGAAAGGAGUGUCUACCAGAAAAAGGGGUGAGCUUAUCAUCUUUCAUGGGAGAUGACCGUUGGCCUCGCUUUACAUAUCGGGGAGGAGACUAGCCGUUAGGUUCAUGCAGUCCUUCUCUUCUCGGUUUUCGCUCUCCCAAGAAUAGCGCUCUCGCCGCUUCCUCUCGGAUCUCGGGCAAGAGGUCUCGUCGAUAGUUUUCCAAUCGAUCCAGAAAUCAGGGUAUCUCCCAGACGCGAAUCGAUCUCUGGAUUUUCUUCGACUACUUCUGAAAGGUUGACUUUGGCAGAAGUCUAUGGCUUCUCGAACUCCUCUUGUUGUUCACAAUGAGAAUGUACCCAAUUAUCGAGGAAAGGGUGUCGGUGGGGUGAAAGCUGAUCUCUCAAAACCUGCAAAAACUGGGCAUCGAGUCAGAAAAGCUUUGACGGAUGUUUCAAAUACCGGCACACCUCUGUUUGCUGGUGUAUCAAAGAGCUCCACUUUGAAAGAGAAGUCUGGAAUACGGAGCCGUCAGACCACCCUGAAUGCCCCGAAGAGUACUAUUGUGACAGACGAGGAUAUAAGAAUUUGCAAUGAAUGGGCCAAGGAGGGAAUUGAGCAUGCUCAUUUCACAGGAAAUGACUUACAGAAGCUCCAGAGUGAUAUGGUGGAAGGACGCAUAAAGAAGAAAGUUGAGAAGGUACUGUCUGGAUUGCACAAGUGGUCAAAUGUUGCCUACGAUUUUGGGUUGCCAGCGAAGGAAAUCAAGGAUACUGAAUAUACAAUGAAGAUAGAGUUGGAGCCAGAGUUGCUUCCUCUCAUUAAAGAGUCAGCUUCAGUUAAGAAAAACAUUGUUGAUCUUCCUUUUGAACUGGAGCUUGGUCAUCUUCCAAUUGUUGACCAUGAAAUUGAGUUCAAGCUGAAAGAUGAGCUGUCGCCUCAGAAGAAUCUUCCAUCAUCCAUCUCUUUGGCACUAGAGUAGUGAUCAACUUGAGUAGCAUUAAAAUCUGUCAAGCUUGGGAUUUUUUUUUUUUGAAUGCAUUGGUUUUUGGGAUACCUUAUGAUGUUUGUACAUAAAAAGGUGUUUGUUCAUAUGGCACAUGAAGAUGCUGCUGAACGCAAAUAUUCUCAUGUUUCUGUUUGCAAUGGAUCACUAUCUACAUUUUGCCAUUA